CCCUUGAACGGAAGGUGUCUCCUAUACAUACAUACUGCCCGUGUGUCGAAAUGGCGGCGGAAGGGGGACGUCUUGCACUUUCAGCGCCCUGCGCGUUCUCCCCCAAAACACACCACUAUCUAGCCGUGUGCUCGCAGGACGGUGCACUGCUGCGCAUCUGGGACACCAGGAGGAGCUGUAUACACCAGGAACACGCGCUUUCGGCCCACCUGGGUGCACUUUGUACUUGCAUAGCGUGGGGACCGAGCCAAGCCGUAAACUUAAAGGAUGGACCCCAGAGGAAAAGGAGAAAAUCACAAGCGAGGCAUGUGUCGGAGAAGGAAGACUUGUUGGCCUUGGGUACGACAGCUGGCAGCAUCGUCCUCUACAGCGUGGCCAAAGGGAAGCUGCACAGCACCCUGGAGGAAAGCCACAGUGGAGGGGUGAACGUGGUGCGAUGGCAUCCUGAGGAGAAUUUUCUGUACAGCGCAUCGGAGGACACACACAUCGCAGAGUGGGACCUCCAGACAGGCAGAGUUCGCUGUAAAUGGAAAGCGGACCGCAGGCCCGUGACCGGCUUGUGUGUGAGUCCGAAUGGGCAGUGGCUUCUCUCGGCAGGACAAACCAUAAAGAUGUGGAACCUGGAGACCAAGGAGUUGUUCAGGCGAUUCCAGGGGCACUGCACUGCAGUGACAACUCUGUGCUUCACGCCACCGCACCCCCCUGAUAGUGGUAACCUGUACUUCCUAUCUGGGGCCACUCGUGACCCAUUGCUCAGCGUUUGGCAGGUGCAGUCAGACGGGAAUAAUAAGAAUGCCGUUUCGUCAUUUGCUCUAACUGAUGAACCCCAGCACAUUGAUAUUGCAACCUGUGAUGAUAAGGACCAGGUUUUGAGAAUGGCGGUAGCGUGUAAGGACGGGCAGCUACACAUUUUCCAGCACCACCUUAAUGGGCCUUUUAAGAAACCUCUGUCCCCAUCCUGCUCGGUACAGGUGUCGAGCACAGGGGCGCAGGGGGCCGCUGGAGAUGUUCCUGUUCCACUGCCACUGCUGGCGGCAGCAUUUGACACAGAGGAGCAGGACCUCCUGCUGGCCUACGGCAGCCGCUUGCAGCCUGUUGUGGAGAGAGUGGCUCUUAACACAGCAGAGAGGAACAUCUGUUUGGUUCGCAAUGUUCAGACCAUUUCAAUGGACGCUUUGGAUUCAGAUAUUACCAAGAUGACAGCCUCUGAGGUCAGUGCCAGCAGUAGAGUGCUUUCCUCUGGUCUGCGAAGCCAUCACACAUCCGUUAAAACUUUGUCCUCUGAGUUUGGGAAAAAUAAAGUUGAUCCUGCUGCUGAAGAGAUGACAAUACAGGAGCGCUUGGGGAAGAUCGGAGAAAGGAAGACCACUGUUGGACAAGGGGGUCCUGACAUGGCUCCCUCCCUACAGACAGAUAACUUCACCUUGCUACUGGUUCGGGGCCUUGAAAGCAGUGAUAAUAACAUCCUCAACAAAAUUCUACAGAUACGCAAGGAUGUGCUGAUAAAGAAGACUGUUGCCAGGUUGCCAGACACAGCAGUCUUGCCAUUGGUGGAGGAGCUAACAAAGAGGAUUCAAGGCCAUCCAUACACCGCGGUGUUAAUGGUGCGCUGGCUCAAAGCGGUCCUGAUUCAUCACACCUCCUACCUGUCCACACUACAAGACCCAGAUUCCAGUUUGAGACUGUUGUACCACAUGAUUGAAAGCAGAAUGAAGAUGUUCCACAGGCUGACUCGACUGUACGGAAAGCUGUACCUGCUGAUAACGCAGGUGGCAGCCUGUGACAACACAUAUAGAGUAACAGAACAAGACCAGGGUGCCAAAAUGGUCUAUGAGGAAGAGUCCUCAGAUGAAGACAAGACUUCUGGAGAUGAGGGACUGCCUGAGGAAGACUCAGAUAACUGGGAAGAAGAUGAGGAGAAUGAGGAAGAUAUUCAGGAAACAUUGAACAAAGAGAAGGGAGCCCAAGAGGAAGACCCGCUCAAGGUGGACCCGAAAGGGAACAGUGAUUCGGAUUUUCAUCAGAAUGAGACUGAAGAAGAAUAACACUGAUGGCGUGAAGGGAAAAUCAAAAGAGACUAAAAGUUAAACUGAAGAAGUUUCUAAAAUUUGUGCCCUUAUUUUUACUUCAGUGUGUGUUAGUUUGUUCUUUUUUAAUUACCUGAACAAUACUGCCAAAUGGUACAGAGCAUUUUUUUUAAAUACUAAAACAGAUGUCAUAUUUACGAUGUGCAGUCACAUCGUUGAAAUUCCAUUGAACUGCAGUUCCCACAGCUGAUCCACAGUCCACCUGUCAAAUCAGUCUGCCUGUGCCUUGGGACAUCACUGUGACUGCACUGUGACAGCUCGCCUCUCCCAGGUGCAAAGUCUAACCAUGGUGCUCUGGCAGGUUCAGCCUGGGUCAAUCCUCAAUAUCUGUGGCCACUCUGGCUUUUUUUUUUUUUUUUUUUUUUUCUUUCUUUUUUUAAACUUCUAAGAUUAUUUACUUUAGUCUUAUAAAUAGCUGCUUGGAAAGUAUACAGAUGUGAUUAAGAAAUGUCCAUAUCUAUCCAUCAGCACCCAAAUGCCUUUAAAAUGCCAUACAGUUUGAAGCUCACAGCAUUUUUGUCUUAUAAUUAAUGAAUUUGUAAGCCUAUAAAAUUAAUUUUCAUUUAUUGGUCUUUUGGCCCAUAAUGAU